UUGCCGCUUAGUACACAGAAAAAAGGCCGGUGUCGCUUACCUCCAAUUCAGACAAUGUGUGACACGUUUAGAAGUCUUUUGCUGUUAUUUUUUGUUGCUUCACUUUGUCAUGUCAUUUAUUCUUCUCAAGUGAAACAAGUUACUACAGAAGAGUUCCGUGAAACGAUAGAAAAGGAAAAAUAUGUCCUAGUUCUGUUCUAUUAUGAUACAGAUACUUGUACAAGAUGUGCUGAUGCUGAAAAAGAAAUAGAAAAAGUACAAACACCAGAAAUGUUUGAUCAGGAUAUAGUAAAAGUGAAAUGUGACGAUCCUGGUACUGCAGUUAAGUAUGGUGUACAUACAAUCCCACAACUUAUAUUCUUUAGAAAGGCCAGUCCAGUAUUGUAUGAAAUUCCUGAGGACACAAGAGUUAUACUGUGGGAAGAUGUAACAGUCUGGUUGGAUAAUGCUAAAACUAUUGCCACACAGACCCUGUAUGAGGACUCAUUUGAGCAUCUGACACAGGCUUCUACUGGUGCUACAACAGGGGACUGGCUUGUUAUAUUUUACAAUUCAGCUUGUCAGAGCUACCUGUCUGCAAUAGAAGGAGCAGCCAUAGAAUUAAAACAAAGAAUGAAUGUAGCUAAAGUUGAUACAGAUAUAAACCCAGUACUAGCCACAAGAUUUGGUAUCAAGGAGUGUCCUACUACUUAUUUUUUCAGACAAGGCAAAAUGUACCUGUAUUUUUCUGAUGACAAAAACCACUAUGAUAUCAAAUCUUUAAGAUUGUUUGCCACCAGCUGGUACAAAAAUGUGAAGGCUGUCAAAGUUCCUAGUAUACCUACAUACUUUGAGAAACUGACAGAAUCAAUAGCCAUGAGUUUGAAGGAGAAAAUGAACAGUCCAAAGAGGAACCAGUUCCUGAUAAUAAUAGCGAUUGUCCUGGCUGUAAUAGCAUUUAUUGUCUCCCUUGUUGUUGUUCUCUGUGCAAAAAGAAAAGACGUCAAAACUGAAUAAAGGUGAAGAGAAUUUGAAUAUGGAGUUAUUGUUAUGUUUAUAUGAAGAAAGGAGUCAUGGAAGAUAUUGGAGAUUUGAAGGAUGAUAAAAACUGCAAUUCAGCCGAUAUUAAGAAGCUGAGAACUGUUCACAUGUUUAAGAAAUGGUUGUGUAUUUCUUAGUGAUUUAAGAUAAAUGCUUGGUAAUGUUACUGUUUUGCUAAAUCUGAAAAACAUCACAAAGAAAAUGAUGAUAGUUUCCCAGGCAGCUCACCAUUAAAUUCCAGUUUGGUAUCUUUUUAUUAUUUAAAACAAAGCUUCCAUAUAGUAAUUAUAUGCACGGUAUAGACUUUAGUUAUUAUUCAAGUUUGUUGGUUGAGCAAUGGUGAACAUACUUGGCAUUAUUUUUUCUCGUUUGCUUUCCCAAUCCAAAUUUGAAUUAUUUCUAAGAUAAUAUAGAUAAACACAUAAUGGGUUUGAAAUACAUAUUAAGGUAACAAUCAACCAUUAGAUAUUAUGGGUGCAGCCAUUUUAUGAAGAUAACAUGGUAUUCAGAAUUAAGAGUAUGGUUAAUCCUGAUUGGUUGUUGUGUGCAGCUGUUAUUUUUUAUUGCUAGAUACUUUGUCCUCUCUGCAUUUAUAUACCAAAGGCAAAAUAUAAUAUUUUCCUUAGUCUUAACGGAACUGAGUAGUCUUUUCUACGCUGUGAUGAGACAUAUGUUUUUUAAGUGCUCAAAGAAGAUAAGUACAAAUUACGUUAUGAAAAGCAACAAUAACCUAUUUUUUUGGGACUAAAAUAUACUGUCCCAAUAGUUUUUCUUUUAUACUAGCAAGGUUUCUUUCUAAAAAUGAACUUUCUAAAGUCUGUAUCUUGAAAAAGGAUACCAUUGUUGAUAUUGAUAUUAACCUUUUUUUAUGAAUUUGGGAGCAUGAUCAGUUUUGACUCUUAUAAGGUGAUUUUGUCAUUUUCCAGAAUAAGACAUGUGUAACAAAAUUCACAUACAUAGUUAUAGCAUUGUUAUACCUUCAUAUUCAUUUACCAGGAAAGGAUAUUAUACUUUGGAAUUUGGCAUGUUUGGAUAGAGAAAAGAGGAAAUGUCUGAUAAACAAUGUCGUCCCUAAUUACCUGUUUGUGUUUGUAUAGAUCACUUUGGUUUAAAGAUCAUUCAAAUUAAUGUUUUAUGGUACAAUGUAGCUGUUUUAACUGAAGAGAAGUGAUAGGAGUAUCAUUUAUAAAUUAUUGAUAGUUCAGUGCAUUUUAAAAUACUCUUUACACAAAAAAAAACCUGAAACUUACUGUUUUAUGGUUUAAUUAUUUUCCAUGGUUAAUGUUGUCUGCCUUGAAGAAUUUAACAGCAACCCAACAGCACCAAUAUUGAUAAAUUUAAGAGACUGCUUAUUAUCUUGCCUUGACUUGACAUUAAGCAACCAACAAUCAAUUCAUAAAUCUAAUGAUCUUUAAUCAAUGAACAUCUAAUUCCUCAAAAUGUGUUGUUGGGUUUCUGUCUUAUUUAUUCAUUGGACAGAUUUGGUGUCUAAUUGACAAUUACAACACUUAAGGUUCUGGAAACAGAAUUAAUUUGAAUGACAUCAGUUUAAUAAUGCUAUUGAAAGGGUAGCUUUUGUGAGGGUUUUAACAUUUGGUGGUGGAGUAUUUAAGAUAGAACAUUUAAUUUUGAUGUGCAUACACAUGCCUGUAAAAGGAUCUUAUGUAAGAGGAUGGUCUAUUUAUAGGAUGGUCUAUUUAUAGAUGGUCUAUUUAUAGAGUGGUCUAUUUAUAGAGGGAUGUUAUUUGAGAGGUCCUAGUGUUGAGACUGUUGUCUAAUAGUUAUGAUAUUCUUCUAUCUGUUUUUUUUAAAUAUUAUGCAUGUUAUGUCAUUAUUGAUUAUUUUUGUGUUAUAUUAGUUGUGUAAAAUUUAAUAUGAUUUUGAAGUUCCCAUUUAUGAAAUUAUGUAUUUUAUAUGUUUUUAUAUCAUGUAUAUCUUCUGUACAGUAUCAAGAAAAGGUGUGCAUUAUAAUUUUGGACUGGACAAUCUGCUAUAAUUGGUCAGAAAAUGCAUUCAAAGUUUCUGAAAUAGAAAGAAAAAGUCUUUUCUUAGUAAUAUUACAAUUGAAUAUGAACUUAAAAGUGUAUAAUACCCCACUCUAUGAGUUUAUAUUGCAUUCACCUUGUCCAUAUUUCAGUCUGUCUGUUUGUCCAUUUGACUCUCUGUAUUUUUGUCUGGACCUUAGUCUAACAAAUAUGUCUGUCACACUUUUCUCAGGUACUACUGAACAGAAUGGCUUAAUCUUUGGUCAGGGACAUUAAGAAGUUGAAUAUUUCGGAUCUGCCAGGCACUUUCUUCCUUUUUGUCGAUUCUUCGAAUUUUUCUAUGUUUAGAAAGAACUUAUAUUAAAAAUGUGUUACACUUUUCUUUUGAGCAGAAUGACUUCAUAUUGUGUUUGAAAAUUGAAUGUGAUGAGUUUUAAAGUUUGAGCACUUUUCAGAUCAGUCAGACCUCUACUUCUUGUUUUCCGAUACUUUGAAUGACAAGUGGGGGUAUGCUUAUUACAACAACUCAUGUCAUUUUGAUAAUUAUUACAUGUAUUAUUUAUGUAGCAAUAAUGGGGUUAUUCCAUUUUUAAAUUAACAUGUAUUUCCUCUCCUAUGUUACAAACUCUGAAUUAAUCUACCCCUUUCUGCAUAUAUUUUUACUUUUCUAUUAUCCAUAAUAUAUUAUAUAUGGACUAUGUGGUAAGUCAAAAAGGACUAAUUUGUUUGCCAAGCAAACUGAUUUUUUUAUAUAUGUACAAAGUCUGCAACCAUGAAUUAGAAAAAAUUACAGAUGUUUGCAUAUUUUGUCAAAUGGAACAAUUUAUUGUAGUGGGAAAAUCACUGUUUUGUUUGUUUGUUUGUUUGUUUGUUUGUUUGUUUGUUUGUUUUUCUUUUCUUUUCUUUUCUUUUGGAGAGGGUUAAAGUUUAUUAUUGGUUGAGACAUCAUUUACAUGAAAUCUAAAACAUCAACAUGAUUGACAAGGUCAGAGAUUUAAUUUCUGUUUUAUGCUUAAAAAUGAAACUUUUUUUGUUCUUUCUAGUCAUUUAUCAUACUGAUUAUCAUAUUAAUGUAUUAUGGGAUAGUGAUCAGUUGGAUUUCCUAUGAGAUAGGAACAUUUCUGGCUUAUUUAUAUGUACAUUUCAUUAGAAUAUCAAUGUAAUUUCCUGAGAGACUUAUAUUCAAAGAUAAACCUCUGCAAGUCUCACAAGUUUUCACUUAAUAAUUUUUUAUAUAUUGUUACAGACAUAUUUAUUGUUUCUUUUCAAUGUUGUGUUCAUUUCAGGAGAGCCUGUUCAUUGUAUGGGAUGCUUUUUAAGUUGUUACCAUGCCAUGGUGCAAUUUUAGUGAUUACAAAUGUUUAUCAAA